GAGAGAGAGGAACUCCCUUCUUCUGGGAUAACUUAGUCAAACUGCCUCUCUGACACACACACACACACACACACACACACACAUGCACACACACUCUGCAGCGACUUCACCCCGGGAACAGGAUCUUCCUGCACCAGACUUUUUCCUUCUCUGAUUUUUCAUCAUCCAUUCAUCACAUCUGAGAGUUUUUUCUUUUUCUCCUUUUUCUUAUUUUGUUGUUUUUUCUUUUUCUUUCUUUCUUUCUUGUGACGCCUCCACAUUUUUCAGCCAUCUGUCCCUGACAAAAAAGAUAAGGAUUACUCAUUUUCUCUCUCGGCGUUGUGUGUUUUUUCUCUUUUUUUUGUGUCCUCCUCUCUCUCUCUCUCGUUUCUUUACAGCUUUUUUUCCCUCCGUUUCGCAGGUGGACUGUGAGCUGAGCUGAACUUUGCAGCUUCCAAACUUCUGAGGAGAGAACGUGAGAGAGAGCAAAGAAAGACAAAGACAGCAGAGAGAGAGAAAAGGCAGAGGAAGGAGGAAGGUGAAUUUUAAACACAAGACUCUUCUUUCUUCAUCCAGGACUCAAUUUUUCUUCACUUUUCUCCAAAACUCAACUCUUCUUGAGCUCCUCCGGCACCAUUCGAGCAUCCAACAGCAUCACCAAAUCUAGCCCGGCAACCAAUCAGGUGUCUGCUGCCGUCAUGUCAGUGUUACCCCUGCUCAGCUGGACCCUCCUGCUCCUGGUCCAGGUGCAGAGCUGCGGCUCCACCUCGGACCCGGCGUCCAGGCUCCAGCCGCUUUCCCUGACCGUCCAUCCACACCGCCAGCCGCUGCCGGACGUCGCCUCCAGCUCCCACUGCCCCUCCUGUGCCCUGGCCAGGAUGCGGAGGAACGAAGGGGUCGCGGCGGGGGAUGCCAUGGCGGGGCACGACCAAGAUGAAGAGGACGCGGCUCAGCAGGAUGUGGUGGAGGCAGUGAAGAGGCACAUCCUCAACAUGCUGCACCUCCAGGCCCGACCCAACAUCACCCGGCCCGUGCCGCGCGCCGCGCUCCUCAACGCCCUGCGCAAGCUCCACGUGGGGCGAGUGGCGGAGGACGGCAGCGUGCAGAUCGAGGGGGAGGAGGAGGUGAGAGGGAGGGGAAGCCGGGGAAGAGGAGGAGGAGGGGGAGGGGCGGCAGCAUCAGCGGCGGGAGACGGCAGCGAUGCACAGGAGACGACAGAAAUCAUCACCUUCGCCGAGCCUGGUGAGGCUCCCGGCACGGUGAACUUCGUCCUCUCUAAAGAAGGAGGUGAUCUGUCUCUGGUGGAACAGGCGAACGUCUGGCUCUUCCUCCGUUUGGCCAAGACCAACCGCAGCAGAGCCAAAGUCACCAUCCGCCUCUUCCAGCAACACCACCCUUCCAGCGGACAUUCGUCUCUGCCGCAGGACGACAUCCUCCUGGCGGAGAAGACGGUGGACACGCGUCGCAGCGGCUGGCACACCUUCCCGGUGUCGGGGGCUGUGCAGGCGCUGCUCCAGAGCACCACGAGCUCAACCCUGAGCCUCAGGGUUUCCUGCCCGCUCUGCGCCGAGACCGGCGCCACGAUCGUCCUCGUCUCAGGAAGCUCUGAGACGUUGCAGCGCAGUAACCAGCGGGAGCAAUCCCACCGGCCUUUCCUCAUGGCUGUGGUCCGGCAGGGGGAUGGCAGCGACUCGCAGCGGCGCAGGAAGCGUGGGCUGGAAUGUGACGGGAAGGUGCGUGUCUGCUGCAAACGGCAGUUCUACGUUGACUUCAAAGACAUUGGCUGGAACGACUGGAUAAUCGCACCACGCGGUUAUCACGCUAACUACUGCGAGGGCGAGUGCCCCUCCCACGUGGCGAGCAUCACCGGGUCCACGCUGUCCUUCCACUCCACGGUCAUCAGCCACUACCGCAUGAGGGGCUACAGCCCCUUCCAGAACGUGAAGUCGUGCUGCGUGCCCACCCGGCUACGAGCCAUGUCCAUGCUGUACUACAAUGAGGAGCAGAAGAUCAUCAAGAAGGACGUCCAGAACAUGAUCGUGGAGGAGUGCGGCUGCUCAUAAACACAAAGCUGAACCGAACCGGACAAACUGGACUGGAGAGGAUAUGAGAGGAGGAGGAGGAGGAGGAGGAGGAGGACCUCUGAACCCAGAGAGGGAGGGGAGGAGGAUGACUUUCCGAUCAUCACGUCACUUUUAUCUACUGCGUUCCAUCUGUUGCCUCCGUCCAUCCUUCGAGGUCGCCCUCUGGGGUUAAAACUCUUCUCGUCCAGCAGAACUCAGAGAGAGUCUCCACGGCACUUUCAAAAAAAGAAAUGAAAAGAAAAAAAAGAAUCUCUAAUAUAUUUUUGUUACAAACGGAGGGAGCGAGGCUUAUUUAUGUGGCUGAGAUGUUCAAGCACCACUCAACCAGUCCGACUUUGGAGAGAUGAGGUGCCUGAAAAAAAUUACGAACAACAAAAGAAGAAAAAAAUCUCAAAACUAUGCAACUUGUUUCACGUAUUCCAACCUUAUUGUAUUUUAUUUGUUUCUGUUUGUUGGUUUCCCAAAUGUUUACUUUUUCAAAAUGUUGGAAGAAGAAAGAAGAAGACUCUUUUGUAUUUUAUUUGGAAGUAUUCAUUUGUGGUGUGUGUGUGAGUGUGUAUGUGUGUGUGUGUGCGUGUGUGUGUGUGUGUGUGUGCAUGCGUGCAUGUGUGUGUGUGUGUUGAGAGAUACUUGAAAGAAACAAGUUGGCCCGGCUGCUGGAACCAAACACUUCUUUAUGUUAUAAUUAUUAUUGUCAGUAAGUAUAUUAAUAUUAUUAUUGUUAAUAAUAUAUUGUGUUAUUAUGUCUCUUUCUUAAAGAAGCGUUACAAACGUUUUUAUUUUUUGCACUAUAGCGACCCGUGUUCAGAUUAGUCACAGACAGAAAGGACAGACUGGAGGGGAGCGAAGGUCACAGGUUUGAUCCCCACAAAUCUUAAGAGACAACCUGGAAUGUGUCACCAGUUGUGUCACUUCCUGGUUCCUGAAGCCUGGAGCUGGUGUUUAACGCUCACUGCCAGAGAACCUGAUUUGGCCAAAAGUAUGUGGACAGGCGGCUGGCUCACAUUAGAAUGUACAUUUGAUUUCAGGAUGUUGGUCUUAAUGCUGUUUCACAAUAAAAGCCAGAUUUUAGCAGCAACGCUGCAUCCCUUUUGGUUUAAUUUCUGUUGGUGGAAAGUGUCUCAGUGAGCUGUGGCCCUGCUCAUUUCCAGCUCUCGCUUCUUAUUCCAGAGUAAUAGUGGAGGUUUAUUGGUUAUUGUCAAGUUUAUUCAUUACUAUGCUGAUGACACAAUCAUUUACUCAUCAGCCCUCUUCCUCGAUGGAAAAUCUGUCUGAUUUAAAGUGGAUCUAUUCUGCUUAUUUCCAGCUCCACAGUUUUAUUCUUGGACUCUGUGACAGCAGCUUUGCAUGAGUGGCAGUUCAAAAAUAAUCCUUCUUUAUCUCAGUGCAGCCCCUCGUCCCAUCCUCUGUGAAACAAGCUGUUUUAACCCCCUCCCCAUUCAUUUCAACUUGCUUCUGAUUGGCUGCCCCACGCAAAAUGAAGGUUUUAACAGCAUGUGGGCGGCCAUGUUAGCGACAUCCCACUCUAUGACAUCAUACAGAUUGAAGAGUAGAAAAAACUGUGAUAAACUGAGUGUGUAGAGCAGCCUGAGCUUUGGGAUUACAGUAAAUGUGCUGAGCUCAUCAAUAGAAACAGUAACCAUGUUUCACAUGAACAGAUGUGACAGGAAAUAAGGAAAAGCAGAAUGAGCCCACAUUUUAAUAUUUCUUUAAAUCUGUGCUUCAAUUUGUUUUAAUACACUAAGCAUCACCAGGAAACGAUGUCUUACAUUUGCAGCUUUCUGGCCAUUAGAGGAACUGCUGGUUAUGACAAUUCAGCUGUGGAGGCUUCUGAUUGGAUAAACCUACAUGUGUCUGUUACACAGCUGUGCUACCCAGCCAGUUAGCAAAUAUAUUUUAAUAUGUUUGUAUCGAGCUAAUUACCUACAUGAGCUAAUCACAGCAGGAACCUCCGAUCCGCCUGCUCAGAAGCUUUGAGUUCUGAUGAGGUGGAAGAAGCGCUGGUCACACACUUACUGCAAUUAUAAGGGGGGGGGGGGGCUGCAGCGACCCCGUCUAUGCUCACUCUGCGGUGAAUGUUUACAGCAUUAGCAUUUACAGCUCUUCUUUCUCAACGAGCGCAAACAAAAGCGGCCUUUAUUCGUUUAUUAAAGCAGCAUUAAGAGCGUUUUCCACAGAGGCGCUGGAAAUGAAAACAAUUUUUUAGUUAAUGGUAGAUGAUUAAUAUGAGACUUUAUAUAAAAUUGUUCUCCCUUCCAUUAGCAUAAGGCAAAUCUCUGCAUAACUGACUGCAGAAAAAACAGGACUAAUAUGAAUAUUAAUUAUUAAAAAAAUAAUUUAACAAUGCACUUUGAAUACAUUAAAUGGGACUUUUCAUAUUAAUUAUAAAAUCCACAACUGAUUUGGAUCUAAUGGUGAAAUUAAUGUUGGAUAUUUAAUGUUUAGUUUGCUUCAGGAGACCAAAGAGUCGAGUUUGUGCAUUUGUUUGUUUAGUAAAUGAAAAGAAAUGAAUUUAUGACCUGAUUCAUGUGGAUUUCAUAGAAAAAUACAGAAAUGAUUCCUGAAGUAAUUUUGUGGAUGACUGAUGUUUAAUUUAUGUUUCUGUUUGGAUUUUUUGGUCAUUUUGAAACAAAAGUUUGUCUUUGAGUUCUCAGCUGUUGUUUUCAUCCUCUCGCUGCACAUCAAGAACUCCACUUCCCAUAAUGCUUUACUCUCUCAUUGUUCUGAACUGCAGAAAGACAAUCCACAGCCGCUAAAUUUGGGAGAAAACAAACGCUGUCCAAUCAGACUCCGGCUGUUUCUGCGUCGUGUGUGUUCCUGUCAGUAUUGUCGAUUUGUUCACCAAAAGUUUUGGUGUUUUUUUGAUGAAGUUACAUGUUUUUACUUUUUGGAUUUUUUUUGUUGUCGUGGUUUCUGAGGAGGGCGGAGCCUCUUCUCGUUCUUCUGGACUUUGUGGGACGAACUCAGAGUUGGUCCUGUGUGUACAUGGACACAAACAAAAUGUCAGUGCAGAAAAAACUCAAAAAGAAGCAAAAAGUGGAAAAAAAUAAUUAAAAAAAAGAAGUGGUUGUAUUUGUUCAGAUUCUGUUCUUUUUAUUGAGAUUAAAAAAAAAAUACUGACACUGAACAAAGUGGACAAAGAAUAAAAAGUCUAUUUUUUAUUCUGUAUAUAUGGAAAUCCAGAUUCCAGUAUGUUGCAUUGCUUUGUUGUACAAAUCAAAUGUGCUUGUGGCAUUUUUCUAAUCUAAUUUAUUUUACAGUAUUUUUUGUUUUUCUGCUUCA